AUGGCAUCGAACACGGCGGUAUGCAUCUUCGUCAUCGCUGACGGGCAGGAGCAUCCUGUCAAGCUCUCCAACGCGCUCUACGGGCGUGGCUUGUCCAAGAGCGUCAUCUCGAGAAGCAAAGCCACGGCCAGUCACGGAUCUAUACGGUCGAUUCCCCCAACCAAGAUCACAGAUCACACGGGCACAACCUACAGCUCGACCUCGACGGUGUCUCUGCGGUGGUACUACGACGGCGGCACGCAGACGUUUCCGGAGACGUUCUACAUCGCCGAUGCGACCACCACCACCACCACCAUCACCACCACCACAACGGACAUCCCCUGGGACGCCAUCCUUUGCAAUGCCGCCGAAUCACCGUCCUCUGGCUUGGUGCCCCAGGCCAACACGAUCUUGCGAGCGCCUGGCGGGGCCGACAGUCAACGCGAGAAAGAGCGCAAGGAACGUGAAGAGGUGAACCGGAAGAAGUACGAGAGGGAACGGCGCGAACAGGCCGAUAGGAUCAGGGAAGCAUUUGCGUCCAAGCAGGCUCGGGCCAAGCAUAGCUGA